AUGUCAUUCGGCAAGCUCUUUGGCUUUGAGGCAUUCAUUGCGAAAGCAAACAACCUCGAUAUCGAACUGGCUGUGACCCAGCCACGGACAAAAAAUUCAGAGUAUCUGAAGCUAAAUCAUCUCGCCAAAAUCCCAACUUUCAUUACUCGUGAUGGUGUGGUUAUCAAGGAAGCCAUUGCCAUUGCCUUUUAUCUUGCUUCCCAACUAAACAAAGAGAAGUGGCUUGGCGAAUCCAUCGAAGAACAAACUUUCAUUCUUCAAUGGAUGUCGUACGCCAAUAGCGAGAUUUCACCUCCCAUUGCAGACUGGUAUCGACCACUCGUGGGAAAAGCGCCUUACGACGAGGAGAAAAUCAAAAACAAUAGAAUUGCUACAUUGCGGGCAGUUAAACUGCUGGAACAACACCUGGGCUCUCGUUUGUAUCUGGUGGCGGAGCGUUUAACACUCGCGGAUAUUUUCAUGGCCUCGCUUAUUUGUCGAGGUUUCGAAAAUGUUUUCGAUGCCAAAUGGCGUCUCGAACACCCUGCAACCACUCGCUGGUUUAACUGUGUUAUUCAGCAACCUGUGUGGAAAGACACCAUAAAGAAAACGCCAAUUUGUGAGGUUUCGGUUGAUAACGCAGGGAAGGCGAGACUAUAG